AUGCACCACCGCCACCAGCCGCCCGGACCGGCGUCUCCGUCGCGGUCAGGGACGCCGCCUGAAGUUAUUGUUAAAAUCGAUCGGGAUGAUGGCUCCGACGCCGCGCCGGACGAAUGGAGAGACGAUGCAAGCAAGGGCGGCGCGUCGGAAUUCAACGAUCCUCCGUCGAAGCUGAUCGGGCAGUUUCUCAACAGGCAGAAGGCCGCCGGGGGAGAAAUGUCUCUGGACUUGGAUUUAGAGAUGGAUGAAUUGCGCAAUGAUCGCGGCAACAAUGGCUGCGGCAGAAGCCCUCACAAUCCCUCGCCAUUGUCCAAGGAAUUUAGCCUUUCCCAAGAGGUUCCGAGUUUUAGCAGGCGCAAUCGUGACACACAGUACUCCUCGUCCUCCUCCUCCUCGGAUGAGGAUGAUACUCAACUUAACCGGAGGAGAUCUUCCAUCCUUGCCAGCAACACCGAUGCGAAUAGCAACAACAAUGGCGGAGGAGGCAACGAAGGCACCGUAUUGAGGUGCACUUCAAUUCAGAGGCGGUUCAGUGGAUUAGGCAUCAAAACUAAGUCCAGAUUGAUCGAUCCACCGGAGAUCUUCGACAGGAGAUCGGAAACCAUGAAAUCAGGGGUUCUAGGUAGGGCUUCGGGGAUCUUAGGAAAGCAGCAGGGAGACGAAGAGGAGGAAGAUCCAUUAUUCGACGAGGACCUUCCAGAAGAGUACAAGAAGGCAACAUUUGAUGCAUUGACAGUUGCAGAAUGCAUAAGCCUCGUUCUCCUCAUAACCGCUUUCUGCUGCACGCUCGCCAUAUCCAAGCUGAAGAGAAUCAAAUUUAGAGGAUUGAGUCUGUGGAAGUGGGAGAUCGUUAUUCUGGCUUUGAUCUGCGGGAGAUUGGUAUCCGGUUGGGUUAUUCGGAUUGCAGUUUUCUUCAUCGAGAGGAACUUCUUCAUGCGUAAAAGGAUAUUGUACUUCGUCUAUGGUGUAAGGAAGGCUGUGCAGAACUGCAUCUGGUUAGGAUUGGUUCUCAUCGCCUGGCAUUCGGUCUUCGAUAAACAGCUUCAGGUGAACAACAGGUUUCUAUGGUAUGUCAACAAAUCUAUGGUGUGUUUGGUUGUUGGAACAUCCCUGUGGUUGGUGAAGACUCUCAUGGUUAAAGUCCUUGCUUCUUCCUUCCAUGUAAGCACCUUCUUCGAUCGUAUCCAGGAGACGUUGUUUAACCAGUAUGUGAUCGAGGCACUCUCAGGUCCGCCAUUGAUUGAGAUUAGGAACCAACAGGAGGAGGAGGAGAGGACAAUGGCAGAGGUAUGGAGGCUUCAGAAUGCAGGUGCAGUUUUGCCGCCUGAGCUUAAGGCUACCGACCUGAGGCAGAGCAAGAGCGGCGCAUUGCCAUCAGUGCCGAAAUCUAGCAGACUGAGCUUCAAGAUUUCCGAACAGAUUCCCAAGAAUCAGCAGGAGGAUCAGGGGAUAUCCAUCGAUCAGCUGCACAAAUUUAAUCACAAGAAUAUAUCUGCCUGGAAUAUGAAGAGGUUGAUUAAGAUUGUGAGGAAAGGACUUCUGACGACGCUGGAUGAGAAGGUGCUCGAUAGCUCGGAAACUGACGAGACUUCUACGCAGAUCAGGAGCGAGCAUGAAGCCAUGGCUGCAGCCAGAAAGAUAUUCAAGAAUGUAGCCAAGCCGAAAGCCAAGUCCAUCACCCUCGAGGAUCUGAUGCGUUUUUUGCGCCAAGAAGAGGCUGUGAAGGUUCUCAACUUGGUGGAAGGAUCAACCGAAAGCGAAACAAUCAGCAAAGCAUCGCUUAAAAGUUGGGUGGUCAAUUCCUUUGUAGAGAGACGAGCCCUCGCCUUGACGCUGAACGAUACUAAAACAGCAGUUAACAAGCUUCAUCAAAUGGUGAACGCCCUAGUCGGGAUCAUCAUACUCAUCACCUGCCUCAUCAUCCUCAGGAUCGCAACCGGAAAGUUCCUGCUCUACAUUAGCUCCCAGAUCGUGGUCGUCGCGUUUGUGUUCGGGAACACUUGCAAGACUAUUUUUGAAGCCAUCAUAUUCGUGUUCGUCAUCCAUCCUUUCGAUGUUGGAGAUCGAUGCGAGGUUGAUGGUGUCCAGAUGGUUGUCGAAGAAAUGAACAUCUUGACCACCGUCUUCCUGCGGUACGACAACCUGAAGAUAAUAUUUCCGAAUGCAACGCUUGCGACGAGGCCAAUCUGCAACUUCUAUCGCAGUCCAGAUAUGGGUGACUCCAUUGAUUUCUCGAUCCACAUUGCCACGCCGACGGAGAAGUUUGUGCUCAUAAAACAAAGAAUAACAAGCUAUAUUGAGAGCAGGAGCGACUACUGGUACCCGGGGCCGACAUUCGUGGUGAUGGAUUUGAUCGGUUUGAAUGCGAUAAAAGUGUCGUUGUGGCUUAGGCACCGGAUGAAUCACCAGAACAUCGGGGAGAAGUGGAGGAGGAGAGCGAUAUUGUUGGAAGAGAUGGUUAGGAUAUUGAAAGAGCUGGACAUUGAGUACCGGCUAUAUCCGGUGGACAUCAACAUCCGGUCGAUGCCGGGGGCGACGGCGAUCAACAACUCCAGUAGUAGGAAUCUGCCUCCUCCACAUCCAAAUCCUCCAAGUCCACUUGCCUGAUGAAUGGAUAUAUGGAUCAUGUCUCGUUUGAGGUAUCGAAUUCUUCUUGUAUACAUACAUACAUACAUAUACAGAAAGAUCCAUUCUUCCCUUUUGGAAUUUGAACGAGUAUGAAUGAAUGAAUGAAUAUGCCCUUGCGUUUAUUUGUUUGGCCACUGCAUGCGGAUUCUAAUUGCUAGUAGAUAUGUUUAUAUUAAAGUUUUGGACUUUAUUUAUGAGUGUAAUUUUUCAAAAAAGUAUAUUAUUUUAAAUAUUUAAUUUUUUUUCAACGAUUUUUUUAAGAAAACAAAAACUUUUGGGUUUUAAUUUUGGUGUCCGUACUCAUUAAUUAAUUGAGUAGGGAGAAGGUGACCGUUAGUAAUAAAUAGCAACCACUGCCCGCUACCUGAACGUUGAGCUGUAGGUCUUGAACGGAAAAUGCCAUUCGAGAGAGAAUCAGCGUUUAGUACAGAAAAAAGUCAGCAUAUAUGUACACAUGUGAAGCGUACUCUUUGCUGGAAAAUUAUGAGUUUAUUAUAUACACAUAGCUAAUACUAUUUAUUAUUACACGAAUCAAUCACAUCGACAAAUCAUAGUAUAAUUCUUAGCCAUGUAUAUGUUACUCCUGCCUAUAUAUAUAUAUAG